AUGGUGGUCUUUCAUCUGGACGACCUCGAGGUUUUCUUCCCUUAUGAUUACAUAUACCCGGAGCAGUAUGCCUACAUGCGUUACUUGAAGAAGACCCUAGAUAGUGAGGGUCACUGCGUAUUGGAGAUGCCCACAGGUACGGGGAAAACGGUGGCUAUUUUUUCUCUCAUAACAUCGUAUCAAUAUAAGAAGAAUGAUGAUGGGAAGUUCAUUUUCUGCACGCGCACGGUGGCAGAGAUGGAGAAGUCGCUGAUCGAGUUGAAGAAGGUGAUUCAGUAUAGAGUGGAUACGUUACGGAAACGUGCCCAGGGGAGCGUGGAGGAAACCGGUGGGGGGAAGGUACAGGUGCAAAGCACGGCCAACACAACCACUACACAACCAACAAACAACCAGCACAGAACUGACAACGCUAACAACGGAAAUGCCAACGCUAACAACGGUAAUGCCAACGCUAACAACGGCAAUGCCAACGCUAACAACGGCAAUGCCAAUAGUGGAGCACCCCCCGGAGAUAUACUGGCCAUAGGAAUUAGCGCGCGGAGGUGCAUGUGCGUGAACGAACGAGUCUUAGAGAAGCACGAGCGAGAGAAGAUAGACGAGGAGUGUCGAAAGUUGACUGCGACCUUUGUCCGGGAGAAGAAGUACAUUAACCAGAAGAUAAACCAAAUGGGGACUGCACAUAGAGAUAGGGACCGAAUCUCAGAAUUCAUCGUAAAGAACAGGCAACACAUAGAUAUAGAGGAUUAUUUCGACAUAUAUAACACAAGGAAUUCCAUGGAAGAGUACAGUGAGAUAGGUUUGUGUGGUUAUUACGAGAACUACAAGAAGGAGUUUCUCUUUGACUUCAUCGAGCCGGGCGUGUACACUAUAGAGGAUCUGAAGGUGAUCUGCAAGGGUUACAAAAAUGAAAAAAAUGAAAACAUUCCCAUGUGCCCCUAUUUUUGCGCAAAGAAAAUUAUCGAGGUGGCCAAAGUGAUAGUGUUAAAUUAUCAAUACAUAAUCGAUCCUAAGGUGUCCAAAUCGCUAUUUAUUGGAAGAGACAUGAAUAACCGAGUGAAUCUUUACAAGAAGGAUAUCAUUGUUUUUGAUGAGGCACACAACAUUGAUAGUGUCUGCCUGGAGGCACUCAGCGUAAACAUCGAUAGGAACAUUUUAAACAAAGCCACCGGCAAUAUUAAGAAGUUGCUUGAAAAAAUUGAGACAUCAAAAAUUAUGAACGAGGAGAAGCUGAGGGAGGAUUGCCGUCGGAUUUUGCAGGAGCUGCGGGCGCAGGGUGGCGAACAAGCGCAACGGGGGGGAGGAGGCAAGACCUACGAAGGGGGAGGAGGCAAGACAGGCGCAGAGGAGGGAGGUAAGACAGGCGCAGAGGGAGGAGGCAAGACAGGCGCAGAGGGACAGGUCUACUUUGAUGAAGACCUGAAUUUAAUUUUUCCUAGGGUGACGAAUCCCCUUGGAGUGGAAGAUCAUCCAUCAUCCUUAGGUGAUACCUCCUUGGAUGAGAAGAAGGCAAAGGAAGACAAUCUAAUUGAUGGGUUGGCAAAGUUACUGGGUCAGUCAAAAAGAAACCUAAUCUCAACGGGUAAAAAUGAUGAAAGUGUAGUUAGUAGUUUAUUCUCCGAGGAUACCAAAGAAGCCUUGACUAAUGCUCCUAGUAAUGGAGUAGAUGAUCCAACGGAUUUGCAUUACAGUCCCAUCCUAAUGGAAGAUAUUGUAAGGAAUGCGGUAAUUCCCGGUCACAUAAGGAAAUCGGAGCAUUUUCUAAAUUUAAUGAGAAUAGUUGUAAUGUAUCUAAAGAAAUAUGUUAACAUCUAUGAAAUAACAUCAGAAGGACCCCUUUCCUUUUUAUAUAAAUGUGAACGGGAAACCAAACUGGAUACAUCAUUUUUUAAGUUCUGUUUCGAUCGCUUGAAAUCUAUAUUGAAUUCACUGCAGAUAGUUAACGUAGAUGAAUAUUCUGCAUUAAAUAUCGUAUGCAAUUUCUGUACCCUGUUGGGGAGUUACUUUCAAGGGUUUAUCAUUAUAUGUGAACCUUACCCAGAAGCUACAGGUAUCUAUGAUCCAGUAAUCCAAUUCGCUUGUCUAGAUUCGUCCAUAGCAAUGAAAUCGGUGAUUAACAAAUAUAAAUCGGUUGUUCUAACAAGUGGAACAAUAACACCUUUAGAAUUAUACCCUAAGCUGCUAAACUUCAAGACAGUGUUGACAGCGUCCUUUCCAAUAUCCUUUGAUAGAAAUUGUGUGUGUCCACUUAUUGUUACUAAAAGUUCUGAUCUGGUACCAUUAUCUUCUCAGUUUUCUCUACGGAGUGACAUAACGGUUAUAAAGAACUACGGUAUGCUGUUGGUGGAAAUGUGUAAAACAAUACCCGAUGGAAUAGUUGCUUACUUCCCUUCGUACAUCUACAUGGAGGAAGUAAUUUCCUCUUGGUACGAACUGGGUAUCAUCACAAGUAUUCUCGAAUAUAAAUUAAUAUUUAUUGAGACCAAGGAUAUCGUGUCCACAACAAUUGCUCUCCAUAACUUUAAGAGAGCAUGUGAUUUAGGAAAAGGGGCUAUUUUUUUAUCCAUCUGUCGUGGAAAAAUUGCCGAGGGAAUUGAUUUUGAUAAGCAUUACGGUAAAUGCGUCAUUCUCUUUGGUAUUCCCUACCAGUAUACCCUCUCCAGGAUCCUUAAAGCCAGACUAGAUUUUUUAAAAGAAACAUAUAAUAUUCAGGAGAAUGAGUUUUUAACGUUCGACGCGAUGCGACAGGCUUCUCAAUGCGUCGGGCGGAUCAUACGAAAUAAGAAGGACUAUGGGAUUAUGAUAUUUGCGGAUAUUCGAUAUGCGCGUAAUGACAAGAAGAGCAAACUGCCCCCCUGGAUCAUCAAGUGCAUGGACAUAUCCAACGUGAACCUCACUGUUAGCACAGCAGUUAACAUCUCCCGCAAGUUCCUUCUUAACAUGUCACAGGAAUAUAAGGAAACGGGCCAGACCAAACUUUCCCAGGAUAUCAUUUGUAACCAACCCAAGUGUUGGUCUCUUGUCAAAUCGGUGCUGAACAUGGAUGACUUUAUCUGA